AUUUUGACGUUAUACAUCUGUAGUUGAACUACAAUGAAAUAUUUUAGUGUUUUAAACUAUCAAUAAUAUAUGACUUGUUACAUAUAACUCGAUUUUUUGGGGACGUUAGUCAAAUGUACAGCAUUAUGUCUCCCCUUCUUAACCGUAUCUGAAGUCGUCAUGCAUUCAGCUGUAGGGACAACUCAAGCGUUUUAAGGUCUGUAUCAAGAUGCACGUACUGCUUCUCAAAGAGCCAAGAGAUGGCGAUUCUGGACCAGAUCCUUACAUCAAGGAGUUGGAAUCACAUGGUCAUAAAGCAACCUUAAUUCCUGUGCUGUCUUUUAAAUUUGUCUCAUUAAACACCUUGACAGAUAAGCUUUUCCAGCCAGAAAAACACGGAGGUCUCAUAUUUACUAGUCCAAGAGCAGUGGAAGCUGUGAAGAUGUGCUUAGAAGCAGAAGACAGAAGGGAAGAGUGGAAUAGCUCAGUGAAAGACAAAUGGAACAGCAAGUCCAUCUAUGUGGUUGGGAAGGCAACUGCUGCAUUAGUACGAAAUCUUAGUCUGAACCCUUUGGGCGAGGACACGGGGACAGCAGAGGUGUUAUCACGUGUUAUUAUUGAACGAGAGGACACAAAUAUCCCCCCACUUUUUUUCCCCUGUGGCUCAAUCAAAAGAGAAGUCUUGCCCACGGCUUUAAGGGAAAAUGGAGUUCCCCUUGAGACGCUGACUGUCUAUCAAACAACUGAACAUCCAGACCUGGAGAAAAAUCUAAAGAACUACUUCACAGAGCAGGGCGCUCCAGCCAGCAUAGCUUUCUUCAGUCCAUCAGGAGUGAAGUUUUGUCUAAAAGUGGUGCGGAAGCUGUCAGGUGAACAGCUGAGUCAAAUCAAGUUUGCAGCCAUAGGUCCUACUACACAAGACGCUAUGACAGCAGAGGGCCUGUGUGUCAGCUGUGCUGCAGAGAAGCCAACAGCUGAACACCUGGCGGCAGCGAUAGCCAAAGCUCUACAGUAACCACCCCUCACCCUCACCAUCCACUUUAUCUUCUUUCUUUGUAUAGUCUGUAUUUCUGUAUUCAUGUAUUUUUAUUUGUCUGUGUGCUGCUCCUCUUGCCAGUUUUGUAAGUUAUUUUGCACUGAGAAAAAGUAGCUUUUGUGCCAUAAAAGACAUGAAAGACUAAGUGAAUAUAUAUAUAUAUAUAUAUAGUUGUAUUUAUUGUUAAGCUUGCUCAAGAAACUCAAUGUAGAGUUUGUUUUUGAAAAUAAAUUUAAAUCAGU